GCGGGGAGGCAGGCGGCGUGUGCAGAGCGGCCCGAACUGAGGACUCCCGUGUGUGCGUGCGCGCGGGUGUGCGUGUGUUUGCGCGUGUUUUUCCUUCUUCCCUCGAGGAUGGCAAUGGCUUUGCAGCUGGCUGCUCCCCUAGGAUUCUAGACUUUGUGGAGCUCCGGAUUGUGAGCACAACCCACCCAUAUAAUCCAUUUUGCAUGGUCGGUUUAUAUCAGGAGAAAAAGCGCAACUGGACGGGGGUGGGGCAGACCAAGGAAACCUUCUGGAAAUGCAAACAGGCACACACAGCACUCACAGGAGAGGACGAAUGAAAGACCUGGGAAGAUGUCUGUAACCUUCUGGCUGGCCCUUCCGUUUUUCAGGAAAGAUUUUGGAUCGUUUCUACCUUUGGAAGUCAUCUUGGCUUUUUUUUUUUUUUUCCCCCUGUAAGCUGUCUUCAGCUAGUAGCGUGCGUGCGUGCGUGUGUGUAUGUGUGUGUAAUUGUGCGCGCACUUGUCUGAUGCAUUUGACUGUCUUUUAUCCAACUGCCCAGAAGCAAAUGUGUUAACUCGGCGGUGUGCCCUCGAUGCCCGGCUUCUCACAGAGCGCGGAGGACGCCCAAACCCAUUUCCCAGGCUGGGUUCGGAGGGGCUGCUCAGCUGCGGAUCCCUGUGUGUGGAUCGCUUUACCUAGAGGCUGGGAAAGCUCCAGUGUUAACCUGCUUCCAGGUACAUCACAAGGUCACCAGAGGGUCUUGCAACCGUCUUGUUUCUGUGCAUCCACACCUUCCUGUCUCGUCCAGGAGGAUAUUUACAUUUCGGUCCACAUAAUUUGAAGCCAAAAGUUCAGCCUGUCGAGCGGCUUUCUGCACAAUCAAGGUAACAAGAAUUGCAUUUCAAACUGCUUACCAAAAUCCCCGACUCUUCGACUCUUCCUCGCCGGUUCCUGGCGCUCUCCUCCACACCAAAAUGUCACCAGCUCUUGAAUUACGUGGAUUUGGGUCGGAAGAGAACUUGAAGAAAACGUGAUAGAAAGGCUAUGCCAGACCACUCGCUCUGCUGUCCUUGGUCCGGUGGGCAUCGAAGCCGAUCUUGAGAACCAGUGCCCUCCUUGCUUUUCCUUCCCGGUGCUGUACUGGGUGUGUGUGUGUGUGUGUGUGUGUGUGUGUGUGUGCGCAAGUGUGAAUGCGAGUGCGCGCGCGCCUGGCUGCGAGUGUGUGAGUGUGUGUGCUUGAGUGUGUGUCUGUGUGUGCGUGCGCGGCCGCCCUGCCUCUGCCCGCUCCCCGGGUGCAGAAACGCGGGUUUCAUGGGGCGAUCGCCGCGGAUCCCCCACCCAGCGCGACCUGCGGGCAGCGGAGGCAGUGGCUGGAGCCGCCUCUCGGACUCCCUAGGAUGCGGGUGCUGAGCUAUGGCAAAGGGCAGCGAAGUGACGAGCGAGACCCGCGUCCGACUGUGAAAGCCACCUGGAGCCACCUUGCUGGGAUUGUACCUGCUGGCAGAAAGUCUUCCUACGACCGUCUUUCCUCUAGAGGCACCAGAGUCCCUGUAACCAUUCUGCCAGGUGUUUGGGAAGAUAUGUAGUAGCUGAGCACCCUUACUUCUGUCACCAUCCUCAAAACCAACUUUGGAGAUGCUUUCACCCUGCCCGUCUUCUGCAGCAGCCAGGCAGAAUGCUGACUCCUUCUCUGCAGUGAGGAACUCUUCAGGCUCCAGAAGCUCUUAAAUCUGAUCUACAAUGGAAAAAUUCCUUUUUUAUCUGUUUUUCAUUGGCAUAGCAGUGAAAGCUCAGAUCUGUCCAAAGCGUUGUGUCUGUCAGAUUUUGUCUCCUAAUCUUGCAACCCUUUGUGCCAAGAAAGGGCUUUUAUUUGUGCCACCAAACAUUGACAGAAGAACUGUAGAACUGCGUUUGGCAGACAAUUUUGUUACAAAUAUUAAAAGGAAAGAUUUUGCCAAUAUGACCAGCUUAGUGGACCUGACUCUGUCCAGGAAUACAAUAAGUUUUAUUACGCCUCAUGCUUUUGCUGACUUACGGAAUCUGAGGGCAUUGCAUUUGAAUAGCAACAGAUUGACUAAAAUUACAAAUGACAUGUUCAGUGGGCUUUCCAAUCUCCAUCACUUGAUAUUGAACAACAAUCAGCUGACUUUAAUUUCUUCUACAGCAUUUGAUGAUGUCUUUGCCCUCGAAGAGCUGGAUCUGUCGUAUAAUAAUUUAGAAACAAUUCCAUGGGAUGCUGUUGAGAAGAUGGUUAGCUUGCACACCCUCAGUUUGGACCACAAUAUGAUUGAUAACAUUCCUAAGGGGACUUUCUCCCACUUGCACAAGAUGACUCGGCUAGAUGUGACAUCAAAUAAAUUGCAGAAGCUACCACCUGACCCUCUCUUUCAGAGAGCUCAGGUCCUAGCAACCUCAGGAAUCAUAAGCCCAUCUACUUUCGCAUUAAGUUUUGGCGGAAACCCUUUGCAUUGCAAUUGUGAACUGCUGUGGUUGAGACGUCUGUCCAGAGAAGAUGACCUGGAGACCUGUGCUUCUCCAGCACUUUUAACUGGCCGCUAUUUUUGGUCCAUUCCUGAGGAAGAGUUUUUGUGUGAACCUCCUCUCAUUACUCGGCACACCCACGAGAUGAGAGUCCUGGAGGGUCAAAGGGCAACCCUGAGGUGCAAAGCCAGGGGAGACCCUGAACCUGCAAUUCACUGGAUUUCUCCUGAAGGGAAGCUUAUUUCAAAUGCAACAAGAUCUCUGGUGUAUGAUAAUGGAACACUUGAUAUUCUUAUAACGACUGUGAAGGAUACAGGUGCUUUUACCUGCAUUGCUUCCAAUCCUGCUGGGGAGGCAACACAAACGGUGGAUCUUCAUAUCAUUAAGCUCCCUCACUUACUAAACAGUACGAACCAUAUCCACGAGCCUGAUCCUGGUUCUUCAGACAUCUCUACGUCUACUAAGUCAGGUUCUAAUGCAAGCAGUAGUAAUGGUGAUACUAAAAUGAGUCAAGAUAAAAUUGUGGUGGCGGAAGCAACAUCAUCUACUGCACUACUUAAAUUUAAUUUUCAAAGAAAUAUUCCGGGAAUACGUAUGUUUCAAAUCCAGUACAAUGGUACUUAUGAUGACACCCUUGUUUACAGAAUGAUACCUCCUACGAGCAAAACUUUCCUUGUCAAUAACCUGGCUGCUGGAACCAUGUAUGACUUGUGUGUCUUGGCAAUAUAUGACGAUGGCCUCACUUCCCUCACUGCCACCAGAGUCGUGGGCUGCAUCCAGUUUACUACGGAGCAGGAUUACGUGCGGUGCCACUUCAUGCAGUCCCAGUUUCUGGGAGGCACCAUGAUUAUUAUUAUUGGUGGAAUCAUCGUAGCCUCUGUGCUGGUUUUCAUCAUCAUUCUAAUGAUCCGGUAUAAGGUUUGUAACAAUAAUGGGCAACACAAGGUCACCAAGGUCAGCAACGUUUACUCUCAAACAAACGGGGCCCAGAGCCAAGGCUGCAGCGGGACGCUGCCCCAGUCUGUGUCCAAACAAGCAGUGGGGCACGAAGAGAACGCCCAGUGUUGUAAGGUUGCCGGUGACAGUGUGAUACCACCGUCAGAAACGUGUUCGAGUCAGGACUCCUCCGCCACUACCUCUGCUUUGCCUCCUACCUGGACUUCAAGCACUUCUGCGCCCCAAAAGCAGAAAAGAAAGACUGGCACAAAGCCAGGUGCCGAAGCGCAGAGCGAAGCCGUCACAAACGCUGAGUCCCAAAACGUGAACAGAAACAACUCCACUGCCUUGCAGUUAGCUAGUCGACCUCCCGAUUCUGAGGGGCCCGCGUCUAAACGAGCACAUUCAAAGCCAAAUGCUUUGCCGACUAAUGUUGACCAGAUUGUCCAGGAAACACAGAGGCCGGAGUUAAUCUGAAGAGCACCACUUCUCUCUCUCCUGAAAAAAAUUGCUACUGAUAUUUUUACUGGAUAAAAUUUAAAAAUUGUUCAAUUCACAAAGGCUAAUUGUUGAACUGGUAUCCUAGAAGAAAUUGUCCACAGGAGCCGAAGCAGAAGUCUCUGAUGCCGCAAAACUGGCUCUAUCAGACCAUGGUUCAUCCCCUUUUAAAACCAAAUUUUUUUUCUUCUGGCCUUCAAGUAUUUUUUUUUUAAAGAAGGAAAGAAAAAAAGCCUGCAUUGGCAUCAAGUUCUGUAUCAAUCCAUGUUACAUUGCCAUCCAUGAUUUAAGACUGUAGAAUCUUGAAUAAUCUAUAUCACUUUAACAAAUAAAUGUUUUACUAUGACA